GUACUAGUUGUACUACAUAUAUACACUCUGAUUAGUAUCCAUAUUAAGAACAAAUUAAAUCUUGCUAUUUCACUGAUUGGUUAUUUCGUACAAAACUAUUAUCGUUGUAUUAUUAUACUUGAUGCCAAAUAACUAACCUUGAGAAUAAAGGUAUAACCUUGGACAUUUAUUAGUAGUUAAUGUUGUGGGGAAUACUUUUCUAAUCAGAGAAACAAAAUUAACUAUAAUAUAAUCAUAAUCAUAUAUUGUUUUUACAUUACAAAUAUUGGCUAACUGUGUUCAUUGUUAUCAUGAGAUAAAGAUAUGAUAACUCGUGUGAUUUCAGCAUAAUCUAUCUAUCUGCACACGUGUUGUUGAGUAAAAGAAAUACAUCAGUGAAGUUUAUUUCAGUUUAUCACAUGAAUAUCUAAACAGUGAAUUGAAAUAAAACAAUCAAGUAGUCUGUAAUCAUUAGAAAAGGAUAAAUAGUGGAACUACAUCAUAUCCUCCGUGAUGAAUUUCAAAUAUCCAAACAGAAAAUGUUUGUUUUCAAAUAACUUUUGUAUAUUCACUCAUCUUAUUUCUAAAAUUAUCAAAGAAUAAAUGAAUGCUUGACUGCUGAAUUAAUCAUCUUUUGAUUUAUAAAGACAUAUAUUAUUAGAAUAUAUCUAAUAGGCAAAUUUAUUCUUUAAAGUAUUGGAAACAGUAAUAAACAUAGCAAAAUACCUGAAUAUUAUUUAUUUCAAGGAACUAUUUCGAUCAGUGAACAUUUUCAUAAAAAUAAACAAGAAAUUACAUUCAUUUGAAAUCGCGAUCUUCAUUCAGAAGUAUCCAUCUGCUGGUGGCUAGUUGUUUAAAGAAAGAAGGAUUUGUGAACAGAUCAGUAUACAAACACUAGCAAAACAUAUAUAAUUGAAUUCUUCCUGUUGAUCAUUAGAAUAAUGUAUUUUCAAUUAAACAUUGAGUCAGUUCUAUACUCAAUUAUGGAAAAAUUCAAAAGAACACUUAAUAUAUUUAUAAUGUUUCAGUGGAAAUAUCCCAUAAAAAGAUCUUUAUAUUCAUAUCAGAAAAUUAAUCAUUCAAUAAAUGGUUCUUUAAUUAAAAAAUCAUUUAUAAUAUCAAUGUUGGUGAGUUUGAUUCUGAUGGAAAUUUCAGCAAUUGUUACUCCACCUUUCUGGAUGCCUUCGGAGAGUUGGUCUAGUUGCUCUAAAGAAUGUGGUGAUGGUGUUGAAACACGUCGAUUUUUAUGUGUUCAAAAUGAUCAUUACAAUGCUACGACACUGUUAGAUGAAUCACAAUGUGAACAUUUACCUAAUCCAAGUGCACAGAAUACAGAAAACAAUCAAAGAGCAUGUAAACUCGGUCCGUGCGGUAAAGGAUAUCGAUGGAGAGUAUCUAACUGGGGACAUUGUUCACAAACAUGUGGUGGACUUGGUAUAAUGUCUCGUGAUGUACAGUGUGUUUAUUCAGGCAAAGAUGGUGAUCUUGUGAUAUCAGAUUUCGAUGCAUCCUAUUAUUGUGGUAAUUAUCGACAACCUGAGAGACAUGCAUCGUGCAAUCGAUUUGCAUGUAAGCCUGAAUUUGUCCCCGAAAAAUGGGGUAAGUGUAUCCAAAGUGAUCCAUGUCGUCCAGGCAGACAAGUACGUCAAUUAUCGUGUAUUUCCGUACAAGUCAAUGGAUCACUUCGCGAACUGCCAAUGGCAGCUUGCUAUAUGACUGGGAAAACGAUUCAACCAACAUGGCGUCGAUGUUUUGAAGAAAGUUCAAGAAAAUGUGACAGCAAACCACCAAUGAUUAAUACUGACACUUUAACUAUUGUUCAGAUGAGAAAAGUGAAAGUGAUUGAUUUAAAAGUUGGACAGCAAGCAUUCGUAAUACCAUUUACCCGUGUAACCGUACGAUGUCCUGUACAGUAUUUCACAGCACAAGAAUUACAAUGGGCUAACCCAAAUCAUGGAAUAUUAGCCUAUACAGGAGCAAUAUCUGAUAGGAUAAGGGUGGAUAAACGGGGAAGAUUACACAUACGAAGUUUCCGUCUCAUCGACGAAGGUGACUGGACAUGCAUAGCUGGUUCAAUGAAUGCAACAGUCACGCUAACAGCUAGAACUCCAGCAGCAGGAUUCCAUGAUUGGGUCCAAAGAAACAGAUUAUGGACCAAAGGUAUGCUUAGUGAUGAUCCUAAAGCAAUAGCUAUAAACCAUGAAAUUAUUCAAUGGGUUGUUGGACCAUGGAGUACAUGUUCUACAAGUUGUGGCCAAACUGGACAACAAUUUCGUGUAGUUAGAUGUGAAAAAGUUGAUAGUCGAUUCUAUCAAAUACUGAGUGAUCAAGUAUGCAUUGAUAAGCUAUUGCCAAAACCACCAAGUACACGAAAGUGUUUAGAAAGUAACAAAUGUCCAACAUGGUUCGUUGAAAACCGUGAUACAUCUGUUUGCACAGAUCGGUGUUUAGAUGUCGGUAAAGGUUCAAUUAGUGGAAAUUUAGUCUGUAUGAUUGGUGAGAGAACAGUCGCCACAAAAUAUUGCGAUAAAUUAGAUAAACCAAAUAUGGAAUGUGAAAACCCUAUAUGUCAACUACGAUGGAACGUUAGUAAUUGGUCUCAAGUAAGUUAGUUGUUCUUGUCGUCACCCAAUUAAUCUGAUUAUUGAUACAAACCGAUCCCUUAAAUGUUAACCAGAGAAUUUCUAAUUUGAAAUAACGUAAUUAUAUUGGGCCUUUAUACAAAAAUCUAAUCGUGUGUAUGUAGAUAUAAUGUAGAAAACAGAACCAGCCAUAUGCAUGUUUACCAGUUCAAAAGCUCCAGUGGAGUUCGUUGUACAACCAGAGAAAUACAUCACCAUAUUCCUUAACACCAUCUUCCAAGGUUUACUAAAACCUAGAUAAAGCGAUGAGACUGUUCUGGAGUAUUUAUUUAGUGUUCGUAGAAAAAUAGAUACCAAGCUAGCCUUGAAAUUUCCAUCAUAUUUGUCAUUUCUUGAGAUUUCGUCUCUUAUCUACAUCAGGAGCCAUAGGAACACAAAUAAUCUGGGUGGAAAUAUUUUUAAAAUUUCAUAGAUUCUGGCCAUCUACUUGAUUUCGAGAAAUUAUACAUACACUACUUAACUUUGUUAAACUUAAAUUUCUAAUUUUAUGAUUAAUGGUCCUAAGUAAGCUGGUUUACCAAUCCAAUUAUCCUUGCAUCCGUUUCAUCAGUACUACUAGAAAUAAUAGUAGACUCUUACAUUAAGGUCAUUUAUUUCAAAUAUAUUCAAAUCCUAUUCUUAGUCUUGUGCAACCCAGCUGCAAUAAUCAGUCUGUUAUGUAAUUUUGUCUUCAUUUAAAUCUUGCAUACAUUGCCUCAGCAACUUAUUACUAUAAUUAGAGAAAAUAUUGAGAUACCUUAGUAGUAAAAAUAGUAAAAAAAUUUACUGGUUAUAUCCCAAUGAGAAGAAAGCUAAACGUCUGACGUUUUUCAGGUUAGUUUAAGUCACUUCUUCAAAGAGCGAAUUGUAGAAUUAAUAAACUACCAUUUAUUUGGUAUCCAUUUUAUACUUAUUUUUAGAACCUAUAGAUUAGUAGGCAGCCACGACGAGGAACUAAUUGAGAAAGAAAAUAUAUUCCCUUAACUCCUACUCUACAAUGUUUCAAAUACAGAUGAUCGUAGUAAGAGUGGUAAAAACAACAAACACUCAGUGCAUUACUUUCUUAAGUCAAUGAAUCAACAAGUUGUAUGGUGAUCAAAUACUUUCUGUUAAGUUUUCAAAAAGGCCUAUUCAAGUUAAAUCUCUUCACAGAUGCUUUCAACCAAUUAUUCACAGAAAAUAAAGUGUAUGAACCACAGUAAAUCCGUCAAGAUUUAAUGAUUUAAGCAGUUCGAAUAUGAUGCAUUCAGCUAAAAUUUUUCUAAUUCUAAGAAACAAAUGAGAUAAAUUAUAGAUUAGCAAAAAUGCACUAUCUUAUUUACUUUUUUAAGUCUUUUUCACUGUCAUAAAGUAUCACUAGUUAAAUUACGGCUACUUGAAAAUAUAUUAUGGAAAAAGUACGUUCAUUUUUAUUUUAGUGUUCACGUUCAUGUGGUGGAGUU